AUGGCUUGGCUUCGCUGCUUCUUGCUUUGGCUUCCCUGCUUCUGUUUUAGAGAAGAAGAAGAAGGCAGUAUCAGAGAAGAAAAAGAAGAAAGCAGACAAAGCAAUGAAGAAGAAGAAAGCAUCAGAGAAAGCAGACAAAGCAAUGAGUUGAAGGGCAAAGAGAUUACAACAUUAGUGCCUUACAUUCCUCACGAUCUUCUUGUCAAAAUAUUAUUAAAAUUGCCCAUGAAUUCUCUGAUACAAUUGAAGUGUGUUUCCAAAUCAUGGCAUUCUUUGAUCUCCAGCUCUUACUUCACUAGCACUCACCUCAAUCAAUCAAAAUCAAUCACAAAGCGAAUGCUCAUGGUCAAUUUCUAUCAUCUAUACAAGGUAGACCUCGGAUCAACACACAAUGAUGUCACAGUGGCAGAAAAUAUUGAUAAUAUUAUUGAUGUCAAGCCUCAUCUCGAUCAUCGUCUUGAGUUUCUGGAUAUCAUUGGCAGUUGCAAUGGAUUGGUAUGCAUAUGGUUUUUGUCCCGUCGAUCAUAUGUAAUAUUCAAUUUCUAUACAAGGGAGUCCAAGCAAAUACCAUUUUGCAAUUUACGUUGUUUUUUCCCUUCCUUGAUAUGUGGUGGAUUUGGAUAUGACACUUCCUUGAUAUGUGGAUUUGGAUAUGACAGUUUGUCUGAUGAUUACAAACUGGUGAAAUUAGGUAGACAGAGCGUCUAUGUAUAUUCACUGAGAGCUGGUUGUUGGAAAAAAGUUCAAGACUAUGUUAAAAACAGUUUUUAUGUUGAAUACGGUGCUUAUCCCACUCGUGGGAUGAUGCUGAAUGGAGCCAUUCAUUGGUUUUGUUUGGAUAUAAAUUCAAAUAAGAAAUCAAAGAUUGCUGCUUUUGAUUUGGGGAGUGAGAAACUCUCAGAAAUUCCAUUGCCUAGUUUCUUCACCAAUGUUCAUAAAAUGUGCGGAAUAGGGGUAUUUGGAGGAUGUCUUUGUGUAAAAGUACCGGCUAGUGAUGAAUUUUGGGUAAUGAAGGAAUACAGGGUGGAGCAGUCUUGGACUAAAGUUAAUGUGGAAUUCCCAAAUUCACUUCAUGCAAAGCCAUUGGAUUUGUUAAAUAAUGAUGAAACUCUUAUGAAGACGUUCCGCUUCAAAUUCGUUCUAUACAACACAAGUGAGAGAUCAUAUAGGGAUCUUGUACCGCAUGGCCUUCGAGAGAUUUUUUAUGAUGCCGUAGUGUAUGCGGAGAGCCUGGUAUCACCUGCCAAUUCUUUUUGUUAA